UGUUAUCAAUAUCGUUAUGCUAGUGCAAUACGUAACAUACCACGAAAAAAAUAAAAAUCCGAACGUGCAGGUUUCAACGCAACCGCAGCAUCAGCUACAAAAUAAAAACGGUAUCGCGUUGUCUCGCAGCGCUAUAAAAACAACGAGCCACAGUUCAGUUGCCACAAACGAGCACGAGCCGAGCAAGUGUCAACAACAGUGCGAUAUUCAAUUACAACCGCAACAACAAAGCUAAACGCAGUUACCGGUACUUUCAAUAACUGUAAAUAAGAACAGAUCAUAACUUAACUUUCCAAAAAAAAAUACCAAAAUGCAGUCGAUGGCAAAACAAACGCUGAGGGCAAUGCCACAAAUGGGCAAACAAGUGACCUACUUAUCGACGAGCAGCGCUUGCAGAGCCGUCAUUGGCAGCAACGACAACGUUGUCGAGAUUAAGCAGCCGACAAAGACAACCUCUGAAAAGUUCAUGGCUUUUCAGAAGAAGUUGCGUGCUAAGACGCCACUGGGCAAACUGGAUGAAUUCUCACGUCAUCCAUACCAGGAGAAGGAGCCACUAAAGCCAUGGCCCAAUCAGACAAAUCCCUACACAGGCGAAAUUGGCGGACCCGCUGGACCGGAGCCAACACGUUACGGCGAUUGGGAGCGCAAAGGACGCGUCUCCGAUUUCUAGUCCCAGUGCAGCACAAAAACUGUUCCUUAGCACGUAGUUAGGUUUUUUAACAAUUGUUUAGAUUUAAGAUAAAAGGAAAAAACACCAAAACAAAUUGUAUACU